AUGGAUAUCCUGGUUGAUUCUCUCAAGAGCACCAACAAUGCCAAAAGCAGAGGCAAAUGCCAGAUUCUUACUAGGCCAUGCUCCAAAGUUAUUUUCUGCUCUCUGACUGUGAUGAUGAAGCAUGGUUACAUUGGUGAAUUUGAUAUCAUUGAUGACCACAGAGCUGGAAAUACUGUUGUGAACCUCACUGGCAGGUUAAAUAAAUGUGGAGUGAUCAGCCCCAGAUUUGAUGUGCAACUCAAAGAUCUAGAGAAAUGGCAGAAUCAUCUGCUCCCAUCCCAUCGGUUUGGUUUCAUUGUACUGACAACCUCAUCUGGCAUCACAGAUCAUGAAGAAGCAAGACAUAAGCAUACAGGAGGGAAAAGUCCACAGAUUCUUUUUCUAGGAAUGUAA